UGGAAACUCGGAGUUAAGACAGUUUCAGAUUACUUCAGGUCCUUCCUGAGGGUCCUUUAGGGGAAAAAAAAGAUAGAAAUUGGGUAGGAGGGCAGCUAGGUGGUUCAGAAGAUAGAACACAAGGCCUGGAGUUGGGAAGACCUGGGUUCAAAUGUGGCUUCAGACAUUUGCUAACUGUGUGACCCUGGGCAAGUCACUUAAUCCUAUUUGCCUAGCCCUUGCCUUUCUGUCUUAGAGUUGUUCCUAAGAUUGAAAGCAAGAGUUUUAAAAAAGAAAGAAAUUGGGUAGCAUCCAGGAAAAAGUCUGAAAUUGAGAGUCACACUCCAAGAUAAGAAAAGUCAAAGGUGGAAAACCAAACCAGAAAGUCCAAACCAGGUCAAGACAAGUCACUAGCCCAGCCCUAGGGGAACACUCGGGUCAGAACCAAAAGACAGAGUGAGCCACAGACUUUGGAACUAACCCCCUGGGGCCAAACUGCAAAUCGAGCAGCAAGAAGAGAGAAGAGACAGUCUCUUGUGGCACCUACAGUUUCCUGGCUCUCUUCCUCUUUUCCCGGAGUCAUUAACCAUUGACCCUGGACUGGCUUACUUGGAGGGCAGGUUCAGGUUGUGGAUACCUGGUUCAGGAAGCCAGGCCCAGGAACGAGGAACAAGAUGAAGUCAGUCCUGGCCGCCUAGACCCCUGUGCUCUCUUGGCCCUGCCCUGGGUCCAGCCUGCCAGGCUAAAUAUAGUUCCCUGCAGUGCCCGGCUCCUCCAAUCGCAGCCGGGGUUUUCAUGGGAGUUGUCAGGUAGUGACCAGGAUGGGGCACGUUUCUCUAUGGACUGUUUACCAGUACUGCCACCUGUAUCUCCUUCUCUUUACUCCAUUACUCUCCUCUAGCCCCUUUGAAAAGAAACAUUAUCAGGGUGACUGAGAUUAGUCAAUCAGUGAACAGAUCAAAAUCCUCUCCUCUGAUAGUAAUGACUUAUCUGCUGGCCAAAACUGUUACUGCAGCUGAGAUCACUAAACACAGGUGAUGCAUUUUAGUCUUGAUCUUUAGGAAUGUUCUUUAUUUGAUAUAAGCCAGUCAAAUAGGAUUCACAUUACAGAUUUCACUUUUACAGAAUGUCAGUAAUCAUAGCAGGAAGGCAGGUAGAGUGCCAAGCCUGUAAUCAGAAAGCUAAAUGCCAUUUGCCUCAGUUUCCUUGUCUGCAAAAUGAGCUAGAGAAGGAAAUGGCAAAUCUGUCCUCAAAUAUUUACUAGCUUGUGACCCUGGGCAAGUCACUUAACCCUGUUUGCCUCCAUUUCUUCAUCUGCAAAAUGAGCUGGAGAAGGAAAUAGCAAACCACUCCAAUAUCUCUCCCAAGAAAGUCUCAAAAGGUAUGAUAAAGAGUAGACAUGACGGAAACAGCUGAACAACCAAAUAUUAUAGCAGGGCGUUUGAGGAUGCUGGAACCCCAGUGGAAAUCUCCCCCCAUCCUCAGGGCAUCAUAAAUGCUAUAUAGAAUAUAGAGGAUGCUAGAUUUGGGAGUCAGGAAGACCUGGCUUCCAACCCUCUGCCUCUGCUGUGUGAUCAUGGACAAGUCACUGGACUAUCUCUCCAAGCCUCAGUUUCUUCAUCUGUAAGAUGAGGGAGAUGGACUUAAAUGGGCUCUCAGGCCCCUUCCAUCUCUAUAUUUAUCAUCUUGUAGUACCUCCUAACAGUUAGUUGCUUCCAUACGUAUGUAUGUAUCCCAUUACUAUUGGUAGAGCCUCAUUAAUGUAAAAAUAUAGUCUCUCUGUUCAAGAAUCCAUCAGCUGCCGACUCCUAAGAGACAGGUGGCUUAUAAGGUGAAUCGUGCUUCUCUCUGACAUUGCCCUCCUUCCCUUCAAUAAUUAAAAAGUUGUGUGAUAUCCCUCCUAGGCUAGCCCUUCUGCCAUUCAUAUCACAACAGCCUCCUCUGGUCAUCUGUGGUUCUUGUCUUUGCUUCUAUAAUACCUCUUCUUGGAUACUGGAGGCCUUUCUUUUGUUCUUUUCAUAUUUAAUGUCCAUCUUUUCUUUGGUAUCUCUCUCUCUCUCUCUCUCCUACUACUUAGCCAACCCACCUCCUUUUUCAGUCAUAUCUAUCUCUAAUAUUCUUUAUGCUAUCUCUGUGAUAUUGAGAACUGGCUUCGAGAUCAGGAAGACUCGAGUUCAGCAUCUGCCUCUGACACACAUAUUGGCUAUGUGACUCUGGGCAAACUGCUUAACUCCUUGGUACUUUAGACAACUCUAAGGUCAGAAGAUGGUCGGUCAGCUAAGAAGUGCUGCGGAUGGGGUAUGGGACUUGGAAUCAGGAAGACUCAUUUUCAUGAGUUCAAAUCUUACUAGCCGUGUGACCCUAGGCAAGUUGCUUAACCAUUUGUCUUCAUUCUUCAUUUGUGAAAUGGAUUAGAGAAGGAAAUGGCAAACUACGGCAGUACCUUUGCCAAGAAAACUUCAGAUGGAGUCACAAAGAGUCAGACAUGAUUGAAAUGACGAACAACAACAAAAGAUUAUAAGCUGCAGAGAAAGAGGCCUGCCUUCAUUGGGAGGGAGAGUUCCUUAUACCAAUGAGAUCACAGGUCUAGUCCAUGCUUUCUCUGCUAUCACAAAGAUCAUUGAUAGUAACAUACAUUGUCCUACUAUGUGCAUGGCAUGUUUUUCUACUGCCCUUUGGAUCAAUUUUUUUUUAAUUUUCAGCGAGCCAUGAUUUGCAACCAUCUAGGAGAAAACAGGUAUCCUAAAGAUGAGUUUUUACAGGAGCUACCAAGUAUCCUAAAGAGAAUCUAGUGCAAACUUUUUUCAUUUUAUUCCAGACUGUUGUUUAUUUGCAAUGACUCUUCAAGAUAGCAUGUACUGAUUUUUGUUGUUGCUUAGUUAUUUUUCAUAUCUGACUCCUUGUGAUCCCAUUUGAGAUUUUCUUGGUAGAAAUACUGGAAUGGUUUGUCAUUUCCUUCUCCAGCUCAUUCUACAGAUUAGGAAACUGAGGCAAACAGGAUCUUACUGGGCCCAGUGUUCUAUCCAUUUCAGCAUCAUAUAUAUAUAUUGAUAGGUCAGUAUCCAACUCUAUAUCCAAAUCUUGGCAGGGCUUAUUCUGUUUAAAUAUUUUAUUGAUAUCUCCAUCACCUUCAUUCCUUUUAUAUAGGUGGAGAGACUCUUUAGUUCAGCAAUUCAUUCAAGUCCCUAUUAAGGAUCUACCAUGUGUAAGAUCAUACUAUUAAAAGGAGUAGCUAGGUGGCUUGGUGGAUUGAGAACCAAUCCUAGAGAGAAAGAAGGCCCUGGAUUCAAAUGUGGCUUCAGACACUUCUCAGCUCUGUGACCCUGGUCAAGUUAAUUAACCCAUUGCCUAGUCUUUACCACUCUUUUGCCUUGAAACCAACACUUAGUAUUGAUCCUAAGACAGAAAGUGGGAUUUUUUAAAUUUAAAAAACAAAACAAAAACCGUACACCGAGUCCUAGAAGAAAAAAGACAAAAAGGAACAGCAGUUCCUUGUCUGCCAAAAGGUUUAUCUUCUUAAAGCUUUAGAAUUUGAGAUGAGGAGUAGCUAGGUGUCUCAGUAGAUAGAACCAGACCCAGAGAUGAGAGUUCCUGUGUUUAAAUCUGGCCUUAUACAUUUCCUAGCUGUGUCACUUAACUGCCCCCUCUCCCCUUGUCUAGCCCUUACCGCUCCUCUUUCUUGGAACUGAUACUUAGUAUUGACUCUAAAACAGAAGUAAGGAUUGAGAGAGAGAGAGAGACACAGAGAGACACAGAGACACAAAGAGAGAGACAGAGGGAGAGACAGAGACAGAGAGAGAAACAGAGACAGAGAGAGACAGAGACAGAGAGAGACAGAGAGAUUAGGUCAGAGGGAACUUUUCCAUCAGCCCACAAAGGAAAGCAAUCAGACUCCAGGUGGAUACAUGGAGCCCUUUCCCAGCAGGUCUUCACAUCAUAAUUACCUUUUUUUUUUUUGGUCAUAGACGCAUAGAUUUAGAGCAAGUAAGAUCCAUAAAGGUCAUUUUUAUAGAUAAAGAAACAGGUUGAGUAACUUGCCCAGGAUUACAUAGCUAGUAAAUUGGAAAGGAAGCUCCAGAACACCACACUCCAACUCCAUUCCCAUAUGAUCUCAGAAACCAAAAUAAGUGACUUUUUUUUCUCAUUUUCCCUUCUGUAUUUAUCAGAGUCUGUUCAUUUUUGUCAGCAUGGAUAAUUAAGAAUAGGUGUUAUUCCGCAAUCUUAAGAAAUCCCUAUAUAGUUAUAUCUCACAUAUUCCUGUCAAGAUACAGAAGAACUAAGAUUAAAGGCUGAAAAAAAAAGUCUAAGUUCUAGUGACCUCAUAGACACUCACAGACAUUCUAAUGUGGUUACUGUGAUGCCAUCUACAUCCUUCCAUCUGUAUGUGCAGCCUCAGAAGCUGGUUGCCUGCGAAGCUUCUCCUUCAUCUUUGCCUGCACACAUAAGCAUACACACACACAAACAUACGCGCACACACACAUGCACACACGCGCACGCACACACGCACGCGUAUAUACACCCCUACACACACUCCUGCAUAUACACAUGAAACUGUGUGUGUCAGAAUCCCGAGGCAUUGGCAGGCCCAAGAAAUAACUCUUCAACUGAAAGUGCUGCCUUCUAACCCUUCCCUUGUAAGAAGGCUGGAGCGGCAUAUGGAAAAGCAGCAUACCUGGCUGACAGUCCUUCUACCUCAGAGGAACACAAAGAGGAAUUGUCAUUGUUUACUCUCCUAACCACACCUCUACCCAGGUCUAAUUGGAUCCCAGCAGAGCAUAGCAGGAAUCAGGUCAGCGAGGACCUCAGCAUUUCUCAUAGACCAAUCUCUAAGCAGGAUGGCCGAGCAAAGGUCAAGCUACAACAUGAUGGAAGAUCACAGUGGGAACCAGCAGAUCCAUUCUGGAGAACCGUUCCAGAUAGGAGGAGAGAGGAAAGACCUAGCUUCUCAGGGCGGUUAUACUCUGCUGCAGGACAAUGAGGAUGACUCCGGGCAUGGUUUGAAAGGAUAUUCACAACACACCCCAGCCGAUGAUGGAUCGGAUGAACAGGUCUCUGAAACAUCUGCUAAGAGCACUCCAACUACAGAAGAUGUGACAGCACCUUUAGUGGAUGAGCAGGAACAUGAAGAUCAGCCUGCCGCCCAGGUGGAGAUACCUGAAGGAACUACAGCUGAAGAAGCAGGUAUUGGAGACACCCCUAACCUGGAGGAUCAAGCAGCUGGAGAUGUUUCCCAAGAGGAGUUGAGAGUCUCAGCAGAGUGUCAGAGGGAAGAGUCAGAGAUCCUGGAUUUCUCAGCCAAUGAGAUUAAAUCUCAAAUGCCUCAGGUAAGUGUGGAAGAAACUUUUCAGAAGCCGCAGACACCUUUGAGGAAGAAAGAACCCGAGAUGACUGUUCCCCUUGCCUCUCAAGACAAUUCAGUCUCCUCGGAGGCACCUAGCCUGGAGGAAGAUAUGAAGGAGACAUGCCCAGCUUUAAGGCAGAUAAACGGAGACAGAACCGAACAGAGCUUGCCAUCUCUGAAGCCCUCCGUGCUGGAAAGCUCGAAGCCUUCAGGCUAUGAUCAUUUCAGAGUGGGGGUUGAAGGCCAUGAGGUCUAUGGAAGCUUUCUUAGUGAACCAGGACAUUAUGGUGCGGAGGCCAUUGGCCAAGAUGCCAUUAAUAUGCCUGGGGAACGAAUCUCACAUAUGUCAGCAGGGUCUAUACAGUCCAGAAGCCCUGGGGAUUCCCCGUUGGUACUGCCUGUGAAAGAAAGGGCUGGAGUAAGGGAAGAUGAUGAAGACCGUGACAUCGAUGAAUCCUCACUGCAAGAUUCACCUCUCUCUUCUCAACCUUCCCCAAGAACAGAGAGCCUACAACCUCAAGAAGUAUCUUCCCCAUCCGUGGCUUCCAAGGAAACUGUUGCAAUCUCUGGUUUACCAGUAGAACAUCAUAUCAAAAUUCCCCUCCCUGAUGAUUUCCUCCCCAAAAUUCCCUCAGAGAUGCCAGCCACUGAAAGUAAACCACCGGAAUUAAGCCAGUUAGGAACUGAAGGCAGCGAUGAACUCUCUAGUUUUGAAUCCUCUGAGAGUGUGUUCCAAGUGGAAAUCAAAGCUAAUAUCCCAAAGGAACAAGAGUUUUCAGAGUUGGGCCCUGAAGACACAGUGAGCCCUGAAGACACAAUGAGUGGGGAGCCAGGGAGCCCAAGUGCAUCAGUGGAAAAGGAUGCAAAAAUACCUGAAAAGCACUCUCUCCGCUCCCCAUCUGGGAAGCCAGUCAGUCGAGUUCCUCAGCUAAAAGCUCGUAAAAGCAGUGUGGCUGGAAGUGAUGAGAAAAAAGUCAAGCCAUCCACACCUUCCUCUGCUCAAACCUUCCUGAAAGGUAGACCUACCAUUAGCCCCAAACGACCCUCUCCUGUUAGCUCAGACCCUUCGAUCACACCCUCCAGCCCAGCUGUGUCCUCAGUACCAGGUUCCUCUCCUAAACACAUCUCUUCUGUCAUAUCCCAUACUGGCAGUUCUGGAACAAAAGCAAUGAAAUCCAAGAGGGCCGAGUCUAAGAGCGGAAUAAAAAUGGCCACUCACAGGGCAGUGCCUUCGGGUCACAAAGGAUCAGCCAAUGCUACCAGAAUCCCGGCGAAAGCAUCAGGCCCAAAGACACCUCCAAGUGCUGGUGAAUCUACAAAAUCUGGAGAGCGAAGUGGCUACAGCAGCCCAGGCUCCCCAGGAACCCCUGGUAGCCGAUCCCGUACACCUUCUCUGCCUACGCCUCCCACCAGGGAGCCGAAAAAGGUGGCCGUGGUCCGCACACCACCCAAGUCCCCAUCUUCAACCAAGAGUCGCCUUCAGACUUCUGCGGUCCCCAUGCCCGACUUAAAAAAUGUCAGGUCCAAGAUUGGGUCCACUGAAAACUUAAAACAUCAGCCAGGAGGUGGAAAGGUGCAGAUAUUUAAUAAGAAGCUGGAUCUUAGCAACGUCCAGUCCAAGUGUGGCUCAAAGGAUAAUAUCAAACACGUCCCAGGAGGAGGCAGUGUGCAAAUAGUAUACAAGCCAGUCGACCUGAGCAAGGUGACUUCCAAGUGUGGCUCACUGGGCAACAUCCACCACAAACCAGGUGGUGGCCAGGUGGAAGUAAAAUCUGAGAAACUGGACUUCAAGGAGAAAGUUCAAUCAAAGAUUGGUUCCCUGGAUAACAUCACCCACGUCCCUGGUGGAGGAAACAAGAAGAUCGAAUCUCACAAGCUAACCUUCCGUGAGAACGCCAAAGCCAAGACUGACCAUGGAGCAGAAAUUGUCUACAAGUCGCCCACCAUGUCUGGGGACACCUCUCCCCGGCACCUCAGCAACGUCUCUUCUACCGGAAGCAUCAAUAUGGUGGACUCCCCUCAGCUCGCCACGUUGGCUGACGAAGUCUCUGCCUCCCUGGCCAAGCAGGGCUUGUGAUCUUGCCCAGCAGUGUGGUAAUCAUGGAGAGAGGAGAGAGAGAGAAAGAGAGAGAAAAAGACAGAGAGAGAGAAAGAGAGAGAGAGAGAAAGGAAAAAAGAAAGAAUAAUUGUACAGCCCUUCUUCCUCUGUUCCUUUCCCAGCUGUUUCUCAAAGAUUACCUAAUUGGUUAAUGAUUUUACCUGCUGUUGGCCUCUUUGGCUUGAGCUCCAGGACCUCAAAAUCUGAUGGGAAUAAAAGCAAAUUUUGUCUUUACAAAUUGAAUUCUUGGGGCUGGCAGUCAGAAUCAAUUUAAAGAAAAAUUCGAAAGGAAGUCACAGCCACGUCUUCAAGGCCAAUUCGUUAAAAUUAUUACUCCCUCCCACACCCCACCCCCACCCUUAAGGUGGUGGGAAAAGGAAUGCUAUGAAUGAUGCUGCUGGUUGAGUUUUCAAGGAACUGGCCCAGUGCCCAUGUUCCCACCCCCACCCCAUCCUGGCAGCAGCUGUGGGUUUGAAACCUGCCUUACCCAGAGAUUCACAGAGACCCCAGACCAUAUUAUGUCAGAGAGAUAGAGAGAGAGGGAGAGAGAGAGAGAGAGGGAGAGGGAGAGAAGAGAGAGAGGGAAGGAAGGAGUGGGGCACCCUGUGCCCACCCUGCUAUUAUUAUCAGAGCUCAUUGAAGACCAGAAAUGACAAGUUGUGAUAGCCACGAUUGCCAAAUCAGGGGCAUGGGAGCUGGCGGGUCAGAGGGGAUGUUUGCUGGGGUUUGGGUUGUUGUUGAUGAUGAUGGUUGUUACCCUUGUUGCCGCCACCGCUGCCACGGUUUUGUUUUACAGCUUUGUGGGGACAAGGACCCUUUGCCACCCAGAGCUUGCAAAUUGCUUAGGAAUUGGUCUGGGCUUUCUGGAGCUUCCCAGAAGUUUCUGGGGUAGGAGGGACCUCGAAUCUAUUCUUAUCUCUUGCAGGUAUGGAUGUUGCCCUCUGGAAAGCCCCCCGGGGGGCUUGGCUGGUUUUUAUUUUUUUCCCUUUUCUCAAUGGACUGGUAGACCUUAGGGAAGGCUCCUGAAGUCAUUGUGAGAAGCCUCUUCUUUUCCCCUCCUAGAAGUUGGGCCGUUUCCCUGCCGCCUGGGUUCGGAAGAUAGAAUUGUAAGGGCUGGUUCGUCCUGAGCGAUCCUUAGGGUUUCCCGUUCUACCUGUGACAAGCCUUAGAGGACCGUGGGCUGCCCUGGCUCCUUGUAGCACAAGGGGAGACGGCCUCGCACCUAACCGAGGCGCUCGGUCCCCCACCCUCUCCAAUUGCCACCUUUCUUCAUACUUAAAGGCCAGGGGCUUAGGACCCCCCGAGCUUCUCUGGCGGGGCCUGGGAACAGCGAGCCAGUCCCUGUGGCCUGGCGAGGCGCCGAACCCCACUGCCCUUGUUCCCGUGGCCCUGAAGGCCGUUUUUGUCCUUUCCGUGUGCGUGCUUUGGGAAUUCUGCAGUCCCUGGUGGUUCCUAAGCUGUAGCCUCACAGUGUUGCCAUCGUAAGCCACGCCCCCGUGUCUCCCUCUCAGCCACUCAGCGAGUUCCCGAGGGCCCCGCCCCCUAGCGAGAGAAGAGCAGAAGCGCCCUUCCCCUGCUCGCUGGCACCUGGCGGGCUGCCUUGGGCCGUCUCCGCGUCCCUCUCUUUCCCGAGUGAAUCUUGACCUUCCCUGCAGCCCCGAAAAAGGCAGUUUCUACUUGUGGGCAGUCAUCGCUCCUUGGUCAUUGCUUCUCAAUGGCCUUUUCCUUCCUGAAAAAUUGCUGUAUGGAACUGACGGUGGUCUCAGAACUACGGCAGGUAUGGGGAGCUGGGGGCCCCGGCUCAGCUCCCAGGAACCCGCCGACCCGUCCCCUCCCCGGCCGGGGGUCCCCCAGCGCUAACUCAGCAGCGAGGCCCUGCCGCUCCCACCAGUCCCCGAAGCAGAUCUCCUCUCCGCUAUACUCUCUCCCUAGGCAAGGUGCCUCCCUUCUCCUCCACCCCCACCCCCUCUCUCUCGCGCUCUCCCCUCCACAUUCGACUGGAAGAUGCUUCUGUGUGUUUGAGCCGCGGAGCUUCUCCUUCCUUUAUUUCCCCAUCAACUUGUGGUGUAUAGUUACAUUUGUCUUGUAUAUGCUUGGAGUUCACCAGGGUGAUGAUUGUAAAAAGAAAAAACCCGCAUGUAUGUUAAGGGCUAACAGAGAGGUUUCCAGCCCUGGCCCUCCCCCACACCGAGCGGCGUCCACACGCGUUUGAACCAGCCUCGAGUGAGAACGAGCUCUGCGGGCCGUCUGCUCCGCUUUGGAAAGGUUUUGUGCCUCGAGAACAUUCUGGAGUCCCGAGCCCGAGCAGAGGCCUCGGAUUCCUGGGUAGCGGCUGCACACUGGGACAGAGGAAGAGGCGCAGCUCCGGACUCGGCCUCCUUCGUUCUAGGCCAGCAGCCUCAAUGCCAGCCUAAUGGAUCCCGGAGGGCAGGGAGCAGGUGACGGACUCCGCCAGCCAUCCCGCCCAGGGGCGGGUUGAAAUGGGCAUCCUUGAAGGGUCGCACUGGCCCCGCCCCCUCCAUCCAUCUGGAAAAAUGACAGGGUUUGCAUGCUUGGAAGAAGCAGCCGGGGAGGGCCCGUGGUGGGCACAAAGGAUUAGGGCAGAACCGUAUGGAAAGGGCGGAGAUGGCAAGACGAGGAAGUGGUUACUUUAGGGAAACUCCCUUUAGCGGCCAGAUGGCUCUCACAGGAGUCAGGAACAUGGAUUUUUCCUGGAAAAUCUCGUUCUGAAGGGAAGAUGGCUUUCUAGAGCCCUAUGGGAAUCGUCCAGCAGAGAGGCCUCCGAGUUUGCUCUUUGGGGCUCUGGUAACCUUUCCUUUGGGGACUCUCUGAAGCCACCAAGGCCUCAGCUCUGGUGGUAGCAGCUCCAGUGUGGGUAUCGGAGAGUGGUAAGUUAGGGAAGGAACCCCAAAGAUGCCCUGAAUCACCCCUCACCUGAAGGAAGGGCACUCCACGUGCUGAGCUGUCAGAGCCUUUCCAUAACCCCAGGGACGCCCUUCCUUGCUUUGGAACCGCGUCAUCUCCAAACCCACGGGACCCACCUUUGGUUCCCAGUGGCAGAGCUGGAAGCAAAUCAGCCAAAUGGCUACAGCAAGGGCAGGUGACUUAAGAGAAUCGGCCCAAUGGCGAGUCAAGGCGGGAUGAGGUGGGAUGGAGUAGAAGGUUCUGAGAUCCCUUCCUGGGCCGGUCUCGGUGCGUGGCUAUGGAAGCGGCCGCAGCUCAAGGGCAAGACAAGUAGCAGAUGGGCCUCUGGGCCCGCCCCAGAGAGGACAAAGCGAUGAGGCUUAUAGUUCCAGCGGCACUGGACUGCCGACAAAUUCAGAAGCAUUUCUUCCCUAACUUCCUGCCCAUCUUGCUGGGACCAUCAGGCCAGCGCCGCCCCAGGGACUAGCGGGGCAUUGGACCCGGAUGGCGCCGCCUUCUCGCCGGAAAGCCUCUCCGCACAUCCACAGCGAGCGCUCAUUUGGAUUCAACUCUAGGUUUGCCUCUUGGGACCCACAUCCCAAGGCCCUGUCAGGGAAAGCAGGGCUUCAUCAGCUUCCUUUGUGUCCCCCACGUCUCACGCACGCGCACACGCACCCUGGAUUCGUAUCUCCGUUCACACAAGGUUCAACCUAGGAAGGUAGCGACGAUCCCUACCACAUCCACAGCGAAGCUCGGGGUGGAUUCCAUAGACCGGAAGCCCUCGUUGGAGUCUGUAUUUCCCCUUGGUGUGGUAGGGCAGUGGCAUAGUCAACAGGGGCCAGAGGGCGGGAAGCUUGGAGUCCAGGGAAGGGACCCCUUUCAGACCCCACCCCCCCAAGGCGGGAGGCUCCGCCCAGUGGCCUUUGCCUCUCUCAGCCACAUCCAAGGCUCUUGGGGCGUCUCCCUAGCAGAUCCCGUGGCGGAGGCCCAUCCCAUGAGCAGGCCAAGAACAGGGGGAGAAUCCAAGCAUAGGCCAAGCAGCUCAGGAUGGUUUUCCUCUAAUGACAUCAUUUGGGCCCACAAUCUUUCCUGUCCAGUUUUCCCCACCCCGAUGCCUCUCCUCGGGCUGGGGAAAGCCUGCGUCCCACUGAACUUCUGAGAAGACCCGUCUCCAGAAGGCAGGGCCUCCUCCUCGUGCAAGAGCUAGAUUCAUCUUUUCCACCCGCCGUGACUGCCGAAAAAGGAAUCCUCGUCCUACAAGUCGCUCACUAGGGGGAGCUGGGAGCCGGCACGUGGCUUUUCUCCCCAGACGGGCACUGCCCUUUAUCUCCGGCUUCUUCCUCCCGGGGAAGCACAGUUCCUGCAUUGUAAUCCACGGGGUUCUUGAUUGCUGGGGGGUGGGGGGAGGGGGGUGUUGAACUCAUCCUAGCUUAGCUUCCUGUCUGUGAAUGUCCAUAGUAUUGUGUUUUAACAACCGGUUUACACCGUUGCUGUAAAAGUGAAUUUGGAAAUAAAAGUUAUGACUAUGAUGAAAA